AUGGCUUUUUUAUCUUCUAGAAAUUCAGAAUCAUCUUCAUCGAUUUCAUCUGUUUCAACUUUUAAAUUAUUAGGUAAAAAAUUAUUAAAUAACGGUAAAAGUUUCGAUGAAUCAAUUAAUAGAAACUCCGCAAAGAAAAUUAUUCCAUCAAAUGCAACUAAAAAAUUAUUAAAGAGAAAUACAGCUCCUUCAAAAUUAUUAUCUUCAAAUAAAAAAAAUGUACGUGACAAUAGAAAAAUAUCAUCAUCAUCAUCAGAAUCUGCAUCUGAAUCUGUAUCAGAAUCUUCUCAAUUAUCAACUAAAUUGACUAGUGUAGAUACAUCGCCUAAACCAAUGGUAUAUAAUCCAUAUGGUUCACAACCUUAUAUUCCUACAAAUAAUAAUUCUAGAAAUGGUAUGAGUCGAACAAGUAAUAAUAAUAGUGGUACUAAUAGUAAUAGUAGUGGUAUUCGUGAUGCAUCUUAUUAUUUACAUGAUGGUUCUACUAAAAUACGUGUCUUACCAUUGCCAAUUGAAGACCCAAACGAUUUCCUUCCAACUGAAAUGCAACAAGAGAGUGUUUAUCUAUUUGAUAAUUUUAAAUUUGAAGGUGAUCAUCAAGUUAUUGGUAAUGGUGGUACAUCAGAGGUGAAAAAAAUUAUUGUUUCACAAAAUGGUAAUACGAAUACAACAAAUAAUACUACAACAAUUGUUGGUAAUUCUACCAUUUAUGCAUUUAAAAAAUUGAAUAUGAUUUAUAGUGAAGAUAAAGACGCAUAUUAUAAAAGAUGUUCUCGUGAAUAUAUUAUUGCCAAAUAUUUAAAUUCAAUUAAUAAAUACGAGGAUCCAAAUGGUUUACAUAUUAUUGGUGUCUUUGAUUUAUGCAAAGUUCCAACAACUACAUUCAUUGCGCGUGGUUGGGGUUAUGUAAUGGAAUUAGGUCAAUGUGAUCUUUUCAGUAUCAUUACAAAACCUGGAUGGAGAAAUGUGGAUUUAAAUGAAAAAUAUUGUAUCUUUAAACAAGUUUGUCAUGGUGUGAAAUUUAUGCAUGAUAAUGGUAUUGCGCAUCGUGAUUUAAAACCUGAAAAUGUUUUAAUUUGUUCAGGUGGAAUUUGUAAGAUUACAGAUUUUGGUAUAUCAAAUUGGUAUCAUGAAACACCAAAAGAUUUUACAACACCAAUUAAACUUUGUAAAGGUAUGAUUGGAUCACCACCAUAUACAUCACCUGAAGUAAUGAUGUGGGAUAGUAAAAAAGAUUAUCCCGAGAGAUUACAACUACCGUUUGAUCCAUUAAAAUUAGAUUGUUAUUCAUUAGGGAUUUUAUUAUAUACUUUGGUGAACAAUAUGAUACCGUUUGUUGAAUCAUGUAAUAAGGAUUCAAGAUUUAGAGAUUAUGUUAAUGGUUACGAAAAUUAUAUUCAUUAUAAUAAUUCAAAUUUUAGAACAUCAAUUGAUAAAUUAUCACAUAAAAUAAGUUAUUAUAAGAAAGGUCCAGGUAUUGAAUAUAAUUUUGCCAAAGGUUUUAAAGAAACAUCUGUAUCUCGUGUUGCAUGGAGAUUAGCAGAUCCACAACCUUCAACAAGAUAUACAAUGGAAGAAUUAUUUGAAGAUCCAUGGUUUCAAGGAAUUAUAACAUGCAUAGAUACAACGACCCCCACCAAUAUCAAUGAAUAUAUUGCCACAGAUCCACAAGAAAUUAUCAAUAAAAAAAGACGUUCUCAAUCAAAAGAAGAAUUAAAUAUUGAUAUAAAGAAAGAAACUUCAAUAGAACCGAGAGGUAAAGAUGAUUUAUCGCCUGUAAAUGAAGUAAUAGAAGAAGAAGAAUCAAUUGUUCAAACCAUAGAUUCAUUGCAACAAGAACAAGAAAACCAUAAUGAUGUUACUUUAGCUGAAUCGUCAUUACAAAAACCACAAUUGGAGACAAUUCUUAGUGGAAUCGAAGUUCUAGCCCACCCAAUUAUUACACCUGAUAAUGACAUAAACCUCACUAUAAAUAGAAAAACCAGAACUUCAACGAAUGUAGUACCAAUACCAACCGCAACACCAGUAUCUACUACAACCACAACCACCACAACAUCAUCAUCAUCAUCACAUACACGAAAGAGAGUUAUACAUCAUCAUACCUCUGUUACAAACAACAGAACAACAAGUUUUAGUGGAGGAACAAGAACAAGGUCAUCUGCUUCAUUAUAUCAUUCACAUCACUCUCCGUUAGUCACAUCUUCAGGAGGCUCAAUUCCAUACUUAUCCCGUAAAUAA